AUGGGGCCGGAGCUUCUCAGGGAUCGGUGGUCGUCGAUGGCGACGACCUUCUACUCGGGCUGCCUCUGUUUGGCUCUGGUGCUUGCAAGGUUAUCGCCGGUUUUCGCCAAUGCUGAAGGUGAUGCAUUGAAUGCGUUGAGGAAUAGUUUGUCUGAUCCUAACAAUGUUCUCUCGAGUUGGGACCCGACUCUAGUUAAUCCAUGCACUUGGUUUCACGUCACAUGCAACGGUGAAAAUAGUGUUACUAGACUUGAUCUUGGCAAUGCAAAUUUGUUAGGCCAACUGGUUCCACAGCUUGGUCAGCUCCAGUAUUUGCAGUACUUGGAACUGUACAGUAAUAAUAUUAGUGGAAGGAUUCCAAGUGAAAUCGGAAACUUGACCAACUUGAUUAGCUUGGAUUUGUAUAUGAACAACCUAAGUGGUCCAAUCCCUGAUACAUUGUCGAGGGUCCGGGGGCUACGAUUCUUAAGGCUCAACAAUAACAGUUUGACUGGACAAAUUCCAUAUUCUCUAACUACCAUCAAUACCCUUCAAGUCCUUGAUCUUUCAAAUAAUCAUCUCACUGGACCAAUUCCCGUGAACGGAUCCUUUCAGCUUUUCACCCCUAUUAGUUUUGCGGGUAAUCAGUUAAAUUAUAGUACUGGCAAUAUACCACCUCCAGCUGCACCAGCACCGCCAGCUGCUUCUCCAGUUGGAAGCAGUACUACUGCAGCCAUUGCGGGAGGUGUUGCUGCUGCUGCUGCCCUUCUAUUUGCUGCUCCUGCAAUUGCACUCGCUUGGUACCGGCGAAAGAAGCCCCAGGACCAUUUCUUUGAUGUUCCCGCUGAGGAGGAUCCAGAAGUACAUCUAGGCCAGCUCAAGAGAUUUUCCCUGCGUGAGCUCCAAGUUGCAACAGAUAAUUUCAGCAACAAGAACAUUCUCGGAAGAGGUGGUUUCGGCAAGGUAUACAAAGGGCGGUUGGCGGAUGGUUCUCUAGUGGCCGUCAAGAGGCUAAAAGAAGAGCGUACACAAGGUGGGGAGCUUCAGUUCCAAACAGAAGUAGAAAUGAUCAGCAUGGCCGUGCACCGGAAUUUACUCCGGCUGCGUGGUUUUUGCAUGACUCCUACAGAAAGGCUGCUUGUUUAUCCUUACAUGGCCAAUGGGAGUGUCGCAUCAUGCUUAAGAGAAAGACCCGAAUCAGCACCUCCACUCGAUUGGGCAAAACGAAAACAUAUAGCACUUGGUUCCGCAAGGGGACUCGCUUACUUGCACGACCACUGUGACCCUAAAAUCAUCCAUCGUGAUGUGAAAGCUGCCAAUAUACUUUUGGAUGAGGACUUUGAGGCUGUUGUUGGUGACUUUGGGCUGGCCAAGCUGAUGGACUACAGGGACACUCAUGUGACCACAGCUGUACGGGGAACAAUUGGUCAUAUAGCCCCAGAGUACUUGUCCACUGGUAAAUCAUCGGAGAAAACCGAUGUUUUUGGCUAUGGGGUCAUGCUUCUUGAACUCAUAACCGGACAGAGGGCAUUCGAUCUGGCUCGGCUUGCGAGUGAUGACGACGUCAUGUUACUUGAUUGGGUGAAAGGACUUUUGAAGGAAAAGAAGCUGGAAACAUUGGUGGAUGCAGAUCUUCAGGGGAACUUCAUUGAGGGGGAGGUGGAGCAACUGCUACAGGUGGCCCUACUCUGCACACAGAGCUCCCCAACCGAACGUCCCAAGAUGUCGGAAGUGGUGAGGAUGUUAGAAGGUGAUGGGUUGGCCGAGAGGUGGGAUGAGUGGCAGAGGGAGGAAAUAUUUCGGCAGGAGUUCAAUCAGUCGCAUAAUCAGGCCACUGACUGGAUUAUUGCUGAUUCCACUUAUAAUAUUCGGCCAGAUGAGCUGUCGGGCCCCAGAUGA